AAUUUUCAAAGGCCCAGGCCUAGGCUACCAACUGUCGACACUAGCUAUCAUUUUCAUACAAAUUUAGUUUUCGACUUUCUAGUUUCUACAUAGGACUUAGACUUAAGACUACUGUAAAUUGUAAUACAUACUGUUAAGCCGUCUUGACUAGACCCCCUGUUUAAGUAAACUCUCGGUUUAGUUUUAAUAAAUUUCUAGGUAUAAUGCCAAAAACAAAAACGGCAUUCUAUUACUUUGCUUUAGAUUAUAAAUCAGAACAAGCGAAGAAGGGAAUCCAUUUAAAGAACUUGGCGGAGGCGGUUGAAGCGGCAUCACCAGUAUGGACGUCUUCACACCCAUCCGUCAGAGCGAAAUAUGAAGCAAAAGCAAAGGCAGAGAAAACAAAAAAUAAUGUGCCUCAAAAAAAAUACACAUCUUAUGGCAUCCCAAUUACUGAGAUUAUCAGACAAGAACAAGAGCAAAAACAAGCUGAAGAAUAUGAAAAAGAAGAUAUAAGCAAUCUCGUGGCAAUUAACAAGAUUUCUGGUGGCACACCAAACAUAGAUAUUUAUCUUAUGGAUGUGAAUUAUUAUUGCAAAGUAAAGAAGGACUAUUUAAUUGGAGAAAGCACCAUGUUAAGGUUCACUCUAAAGGAUGGCUUAGAUGAAGUUUACCAUGAGAUCAUAAAUCCUGGUGGCAUUCCAAUGGGCUAUGCAUAUGAUGUUAAACUGGGGUGUAAAGAAUUUGGAUUAGAAAUACCAGAUGAGACAAAGAAACCGAGUAAUUACAUGCAAAUUCUUGCCAAUAUCAUUGAAUACCUUAAGAAGAGCAACCCAAGUGUUGAAGUUUUGCCUCCGAUAUUCGUGAUGCCUGAUAAAGUGCAUGUUGUCUCGAAUUUUUUGUCUCAAAUGUGUAGACGGGCUGGGGAAGAGGAAUCUAUCUUCCGUGUGUACAGAUUGGAUACUUUGCUGUACCACUUGGCAAAUGUCCAUGAAACAUUCAAGAAACAGAUUCCCACAGAGGCAAUUGCAUUGAGUAUUUUGCAGAAGGAUUUGUUCUUGUACACACCACAAAUUGGAUGUGAUCACCACAACAGUAUAGAUAUGACCCAAGAAUGUUCGAAGUCGCGCGUGACUCGGCAAGCGUUCACAGUAAUGGACCAUUGCUGCUACGGGUUUGGCAUUCAACUGAAACUGGGGAAGCAUUUGCCGGCUGAUGUGGAUUUGGAAGCAAUAAUGGAAAUGAAAGAGAAGAGAUUGGAUCCUAUAUCUACGGUUGCGAAAAUGGAUGCCCUGUCGAUAAGCUGUGGUUCCCAAGCAUCUGCAUCUGCAACUCCGUCAAGCAGUGCCAGUACACCUGUAUUCUCACAAAACAAACGCGUCAUGACUCCGUUGCGCAGACCUGUUGAUAUACAAUACGCACUGCAAAUUGCACCUGAUUUGGAUGAAAACUUUCCUCCACUAUCGAGAUCAAUGGGCCGUGGGAAGAGCAGUGGGUCCAUCAACAGCCAAAGUAAAUUUAAGUAAUUUCAUAUAACAUUAAAAAAAAUUAGGUUAUUUUACUAAAGUCGUAAAUGUGAUUAAAUAAGUGGCACUCGGCAGGGUAUUAAUCUCAUACUUAGGGUGUUUUUUUUUUCUUAAACAUUUAUAAAACGUUGUAAUGCUUUAAGCAAUUAUUAUUUUUUCUUGUUCUUUAAUGUAUAAAACAUAGACUAGAAACGUCAAAUGAGAGAGCUCACUUGACAGCACUAAAAUGUAGUGAUACAUCAUUUGACAGAUGAUCAUUGACCAUCUGACAAGUAAUGUAUUUAUUUUGACAGUUUUAAGGAAAAUGUUUAACGUCAUUUGUCCUUUUGUGGCUAAACUUUGAAUCCUUAUUGCGCUGUUUGAGCUGUUGGAGCUUUAUUAAAACAGUUAUAUUUAGAAGGAUUUUGUUUUUAUAUUUAGAGUUCUAAGAUCUAUAAGCCUCAGUGAUUCGUUGCCAUGACAACGUUAAUGUUACAUACUACGUUUCUUAUUAUAGCGAAUCCAGCGGUGGGACUGAACGGGAUUUUUUUUAAAUUUGGUACUAUGUAGAUCGCUAAGAGAGAUAUCUUUCAAAAUCAGUUAGCAGUCAAAUUUUAUCACUUAUUGGAUAAAGAGGCCCACCAUUCUCUUUUAGACGAGAAUUUUUUGUUGUAACGAGAAUUUAAAAAAAAUUCUGACGCGUUUUUUAUAAGCUGUUCCGUUUGAUUCGUUUUAGGUUAUUUCGAGGUUAUGCUGAAAUUAGUACUUUAUAAGAAAUGUGUUACCAACAAAAUAAUUAUUAGAGAUCGUUUCUACAUGAAUGUUAAGAGAAAUAGCUAUUUGAGGCAUUUAUUACUUUAAAUAGAUAUAUAUCUUGUGGCGUGUAUUUUGUACACGCGUUAAAAUGAUCAGUCUGUGAUUAAAUUAUUAAUUUCACACAUUGUUCGUGACAGUUGACUUUUUGUUUGUCUGAUUCAGUGCUCAUAAAUAUUUGCUUACGUUCUCGUUUCGAUAACGUCAUUUUAUUUUGUUUUCUCUUCGAAAGGUAAUUGUGUGAUAAAAUAUUUUUUUUUAACUAACAAACAUAAACCAACUGUCAACUGUCAUUUGAGUAAUAGGAAGAAUAUUCGCCGAUACCAACUAAGACGACUUGGAACAUCCAGUAUUGGAACGCCUUUAUAUUUUUUUACAAAAAUAAAAAUAUAUAAAUUUC